CUGGGCGGCGCGGGCGGCGGCGGCGGCUGCUCGGAGCCCAUGGAGGCCGCGGAGCCGCAGCUGGGGCCGGGCCCCGCGGCGGGGCCGGGAGCCGAGGAGAUCGACAUGUCCCUGGAUGACAUCAUAAAACGCCACAGGAAGGAGCAGACAGAUGCCAGCACCAUGGGGAACAGGCAAAGGCAGCAGGUGAAGAACAGGAAUUUGGCUUAUGGGUAUGGAAGGCCCCGUUUCCGUGCCUGGAUGCAGAGGAAUUUGCAAGGACCUAACCGUUUUAGAAGAGGGUUUGGACAACAACAAUACAAUCGGAGACAGUUGAGAAAUGCUGGUCCUGGUCCCAGGAGAAGAGCAGCUGCUUCAUUAAACGGAGUGAGCCCUUUAAAUCGCCAGACAUCAGCUCAAGAGGGCAAGAAGAACAACGAUGGCUUUGCCAAAAGCAGCAGCAGUGGGCAGCCCGAGGGACAGCAACGGCCACCCCCAGGCCCCAAGAGGUUCAGAGCAGCUGCUGCCAGCACCCAAGCCCCAGGGAGAAGCAGGCCCUUCCUCCUGAACAGAGGACCAGCCUUCCAGCAGAAGCAGAUGCAGCAGCAGUUCUCCAAAGCCAGCUUUCAGAGAGGGCGGAUGGAUGCUAAUGGACAAGGGAAACCACCAAGGAUGAGAAGGUGGCAAGUGAAACCCAGCCCUGCAGCAGUUCUGACGGUGUCUGUGGCUAAUCCCUGGGCAGGCCAGGGCAGCAUGCCUGGAUCCAAGCGCCCGUUCCUGCGAAGCCAGAGGCCCCCGCUGCGGGCGGCCAAGCCCCAGCCCAAGGGGGUCCUGCUGAGAUUCAACUUCCGUGCCAUGGCCAACCAGACCAGCCUGACGCUGGAUGAGAGGUUCUCUGGUCUGAGGAAUAAGAGGCGCUUUACAGCAGCCAGGAGUGCCGGCCGGACGGUCACCAUGCCUUAGCACCACAUGCUCAUCACAGGGACUGCCCAGAACAGUCCAUGCCCUGUCAUGGGCAGCUCAAUAAAACUCAAUAGAUUUCCUCCGAGAUGGCUGAUUUGGCAACGCGCCGUCUCCUUCCUUACACGCAGAAUGAGUGAGUGAGUGAGGGCAGGAAUGAGGCAGGAUGAGAGUCAGGGCAGGUGGGACGUGAGCAGGGUGGUGGAGCAGGAUGAGCAGAGAUGGAUCUGCUAAGAGAGCUGUGCUGGGGAGCUGGGGGGCUGGCAGCAGCCCUAUCCCCCUGCCAGGACACCCUGUGCUGCCAGGGGUGACUCCUGCAAGAGGGAGAGGUUACCAGCUCCAAGCCGUACCCAUGGAGCUUUCCCUUCAUUGUCCCAUGGGUGGGAGAGGGUUGAGGACAGUGCUCCUGCCUGUGUAGGAGACAGAGUGGGGAGCAGAGCACACACAUGGCUAAGGGAUGUUCCCCAGCAGUGGCACCAGUGGAGAUGCUCCAGCUGCUGGCAUUCCCCAGCAUCCACCUAAUUGCCUCAAUUCCUUGGGUGUGCAGGCAUCCCUGCCUGGAGUUGUGCAGUGUAGGACCCCUCCAUCCUGAAAAUCAUUCCCUCUGCUCCAAUGGACAGGCCUGAGCACCUUGCAUUUCCCUUUGGUUUGCUGUGCUGUUCUGACUGGUGCUGCCAGCCCAGCUGCAGGGACAGGGUGAGAUGUGCUGUGCCUUGCUGCCAGAGUGACUGUCCUCAACAUGGAGCACAGGCAGGUUCUCCCAGCCCAAAACAGGUUUUCCCGUGUGGCAGUAGUUCUGCAUUAGGGAUUGUGGAGGUGCAGUUCCCCCAUGCUCAAAGCACCAGCAUAAUCAAACCAGCAGCUGCAGGAGGGAGGCCAGGCUCUACAGCAGUCUGAGAAAUAUUGGCUGAGAUGUUAAUGAGCUGGGUCUAGACAUUUGUUAAUGAAGCCCUGCGCUAACCAUGAGUCACUGAUCCAUUCUCCACCCACUGCUGCAACCCAGCACCGAGCAUGCUGGACACAGCCUGUUACUGGGCUCAGAGCUCUACUUCUUAAAGUAAAUAUUUGAUAGAAUGCUUAACAUUUUACACUGAGCAUCUUUAACAAGAGACUGAACUCACCGUUGGUUUUACGGGAAUGUGUGAAAUGUUGUUAGUGGCCUAAGCGGUGAUGUACGAGUCCAAUACACUGAAUAAAAAACUAACUUGUCAAA